AUGAGACACACAUUAGCACCAUUGUUCUCCUUGGUCUUUUGUCUCAUUAUCUCCGAGCUGUUAGGCUGUGCCAAGGAGGGGCCUCCGAGAGCUGGAACCGGCCUGCCCCGGCCCGGGCCCCCGGCCCCCGGGCAGCAGCCACUGUCCGCCGCCUGCGUCUCCACGGAGCCGCGGUGGAGUGGGCGGGCACACUCGGAGGAGAAACGGGGCGCGGCCUGA